GUGGCACAGACAAGCAGGCAGGCGGGCAGGCGAACGUGGAGUGCCGUUAUCGAUGUGUGUACCUUUUUGGGAUGUAUCAAACCUUCACCCAGUUACGGCACCUCGUCAUGUUGCGGGCAGUCUCAGUCACCGUAAAGCGAUGGACGGCGGUGACUGUGACCAGACGACAUGAUGAAAAGGAGUAUUUGCAGGUUACCACUGUUUUGGAAAAUCUAUCUUCCAACGCUGGCUACGCUGAUCGUGUACAAUGAAUAUCUCAUCCACAUUUAUCACAGCUUUCAGUGGGCUGAGCUGCAAUGUGAAACAGAUAGCUGCAUUAAGAUGCUCCUGGUUGCUGAUCCACAGAUCCUGGGCAACACAUUCGACACGAAGCUCUACUGGCCGUUAGCAAAUUUGGACUCGGAUCGGCAUUUAAAACGAACGUACAAAAGCGUGGUGCAACAUGCAGCACCGGAUGUUAUCUGCUUUCUGGGUGAUCUCAUGGACGAAGGAAGCGUUGCUAAUGAUGAUCAAUUUGCCGCUUACUUCACCCGUUUUGUCAACAUCUUCUCCCAACCGACUGCAAACACCAUCAUGUUCUACAUUCCAGGUGAUAACGAUAUUGGAGGCGAAGGGUUAAAAACAAUUAAAUCCGACCGAGUGCUCCGGUUUAAGCAAUACUUUAACGAGCAGGACGAAUUAACAAUUGAUCCAAUGUUGCGCAUCCUGAACGUAAAUCGCAUUAGCAUGACACUUCCGAUGAACAGUGCACCGAGCACCGAGGAACCGCAACCCUACACCGUGCUUUUGAGCCACUUGCCUAUACUAAGGUGGUCGGAUCCUUUUACUUAUAAGGUUAUUGACGAUUUUCAGCCAAAUGUGAUUUUCUCCGCCCAUGAACACAAAUCCCGCCACGUUAAGACGCACCGUAAUCAGCUAGCCCAGGGUGCCCCUUUCGAACCACUCAACACAGAACGAUCCAACCGGCACGAGGUAGUGGAGUUUAACUUAAACUAUCUCAAAGAUACGCGAGAGCUGUUGGAGUUUAUCGUGCCCACCUGUUCGUACAGAAUGGGCGAAAUGAAGAUAGGGUACGGGUAUGCCAUGUUCGAUGGUGAUAAGCUCCGGUACACCGUGCUGUGGACAUCGCAGCGGUUCUAUCAGCUUGCGGUGUACUCCAUGAUGCUUAUACCGCUCAAAUUGGUCUGUGGACAGAUCUGGUGCGGCGUGCUAAAACGGUACUGGUGCUGCUGCCGCAAACGAAAUCGCAACUACUUACCGCUUCCGCUGGCAUGAAACGGCGUGCGGAGGAACGCAAGUCCAUCUAAAGAAUCAUAUCAACAUCAGAUAUCGAAUGCAGUGCGAUCGACGCCUUACACAUUAACAGUACUUACACUAAUGCUGCCGCUUCGUAAUUUCCAAUGACGUCCAAAUGAUGUGCCCAUUUGCUAGCCACCUGCUCCAGAAUAGGAUCAUCGGGCAUUUUCUGCAACCUGCAGAUCACCCAUGCUUCGCGGAAAUACUUGGCAUCGCAAAGCUCUUCGAUGGAUGAAUCAACCUGUUAAGAAAAAGGGGCAGUGUAUGCAGUUCAACAACAUUUACAUAGCUAGUCAACAAUUACUAACACUUACCUUAUGGCUGGCUAGAAAAUAGGGUACAGCUGCUAAAGGUUGCUGACCUUCGAUCAAUUGAUACGCAUAAGCUUGACAGCAUUGACGCCAAAACCUGGGUAGUUGAGUUAGAAGAGUCGAGUGUCAGUGCAACAGGUAGUUUCUAGUAGCAAAGCGACGAGAUACUCACAUGUGCGAAACGUAGGGCGCUAAUGCCAACAUUUGAGGAGUCAGUUUCUUUUUAGUAAUACAUCCUAAAAUUAUA